CCGGAGAUGAGAGAAAUACUAGUGAACCACCAUCCGACGAGACUUUGGACCUGCCAGUCCUUUAGUUUUUAUUUCAAUUUUCUCCUUUGUCCAGGUGUGUUAUAGUAUCAAGCAAGAUGGCCACGUCUGCCAGCGCCACCUUGAGUAAAACUGUCAAGCAGCAGUACAUGGAGCUCCCUCAGGGGGACAAAGUCCAAGCCAUGUACGUUUGGAUCGAUGGAACAGGAGAGGGGCUCCGGUGCAAAACCAGGACUCUCGAUUCCGAGCCGAAAAGCAUUGAAGAACUCCCCGAGUGGAACUUCGAUGGCUCCAGUACCUACCAGGCCGAGGGCUCGAACAGCGACAUGUAUCUGAUCCCUGCUGCCAUGUUUCGAGAUCCGUUCCGCAAAGACCCCAACAAGCUGGUGCUGUGUGAAGUCCUGAAGUACAACCGCAAACCUGCUGAAACCAACCUUCGGCUCACAUGCAACAAGGUGAUGCAGAUGGUGGGGGACCAACACCCCUGGUUUGGCAUGGAGCAGGAGUACACCAUCCUAGGUACUGACGGACACCCAUUUGGCUGGCCAUCUAAUGGUUUUCCAGGACCACAAGGUCCGUACUACUGCGGUGUGGGAGCUGACAAAGCGUAUGGCAGAGACAUCGUAGAGGCUCAUUACAGAGCAUGCCUGUAUGCUGGGGUCAACAUUUGUGGAACAAAUGCUGAAGUGAUGCCUGCUCAGUGGGAGUUUCAAGUUGGACCUUGUGAAGGAAUCAACAUGGGUGAUCAUUUGUGGGCAGCCCGCUUCAUCCUUCAUCGUGUCUGUGAAGACUUUGGUGUUGUCGCCUCUUUUGACCCCAAGCCCAUCCCAGGAAACUGGAAUGGCGCAGGCUGCCAUACAAACUUCAGCACGAAAGAGAUGAGAGAAGACGGUGGAUUAAGAGCCAUUGAAGACUCUAUCGAGAAGCUUUCAAAGAGACACAACUACCAUAUACGUGCCUACGAUCCUAAAGGAGGUCUUGACAACGCUCGCCGUCUGACCGGGCACCACGAGACGUCAAACAUCCAUGAGUUCUCUGCAGGUGUGGCCAACCGAGGCGCCAGCAUCCGCAUUCCCCGUAACGUCGGCCAGGAGAAACGAGGCUACUUCGAAGACCGCCGUCCGUCGGCCAACUGCGACCCGUACGGCGUGACCGAGGCCCUGAUCCGCACCUGUCUGCUGAACGAGGAGGGUGACGAACCAACGGAUUACUAAACCCCAACUUGUGGACUCUCUCUCUCUACUCCCCUCCCAAUUUUCUCUUUUUAAAUAGUACUGUAAUAUUUUAUUUUUCCCUCUCCCACUAUGAUUUUAACACGAUGCUAAUGGUUUAAAGUUGGCUGGUCAACUUACAAACAUGACAUGGUAACGAGGUUCCUGGAAGUUUUGAGCUGGUAUUGUCAGGGUACAUCUUUUCACGUCUUUAGCAAGGAUUGACUUUUAUAACUGUUUUUAUAACCUGCGUCAUAUCGUUCCCUUUUUGUCUGUUUGUGACUAAAAUUAAAACUAAAGCACAAAGGACACUGCAGGGUAGGGCUGCUACGACUGGACGACAAUGUGUUUAAGUAAUAAAUGUGACUAGUUCAUGUGUUGUUGAAGUGUUGACGAUUCAACUGUCCGGUUUUCAAUGUUACUAAUGUUUUUAUUUUUUAAUGUCUUCAAAUUUCUGUCACAUUAAGUCGACUUGUGUGGUGCACUUGUCCCAAACGUAAGUUGUUCAUAAUGUGGUGGGUCAUUCUAUAAUGCCAUUUGUAGAUUUUCUCGAGGAGUUUUAUCCUUUACUUUUUUUUUGGUUGUUUAACGACUUUAAUGUAAUGCCACCUAAUUUGGUAAAACAUUGUUUACUGAACCUGGUGUUUUUUUAUUGA